AUGAAGAAAAUCCCAAUGUUUCCCUCUUUCUCUAUGAUGCUGUUGUCUUUAGCUCAGAAUGUGAUGUCGAAGGAAGAGUGUUACAUAAAAACCAAUGGCUGCAGUGUCCCUGGAGGGCUUCCGUUUUUCUACAAGACGACGUUCACCCCUGCUUGCGUCAAGCACGAUGUUUGCUACUCCUGUGUAAGAAUUCAAAAAUCAGUCAUUGCCUAUCAAACUACGUACACAACCCGUUCACACAAUUUUUUUUUAUACGUUUCCUUGUUUUUAUCGCGUAUGUAAAUUGGGCUUAUAGAGAUAGAUAUAGAGACAUUGGUUGUCUACCAUUUACAAGAAGUGUUCGGAAAAUCAAUAAAAUACAGCUUACCUUAUUUACCGCUUUACUUGUCUUUUUCUCGGGAUUAAAGAAAAUCGCUUAAAUAGCAAUGGAUCGGAAAAAGAACCACACAGCAAGCAAAGACAAGUGAAGUAAAUAAGGUAAGGUGUAUUUGAUUGAAAAUUCUAGCGAGUAUUCAUCUUCUUGAAUCUUUUACCUGAAUUCCAAUACAAAUCCGUUAUCUUCACGGCCAUUGUAAGGGUUACGCACGCCAGUAUGAAACCACAUGUAUUAAUUAAUGAUUAAAUUCUCAUAGUGAGAUUGGGCUGCCUGUGACCGAAACGGCUUCUUCAGGUAACGCUUACUAGGGUGGCUUUUAAAUGGCUCCGUCCACAUGAACCUGGUGGUUUCAAAAAUGUCCGGAUUUGUGGGGACAUGCGGCCUCAGUCUACUUUUAGCAGGUCUUCCAUAUUUACGACACUUUAACGAUCGCUGUGAGCCAAAAAGCUAAGAUCAGCAAUUACGAUGAUUUUACUGUACUGAACUCCUCCACCUUGAUCGUAAUGGUCGAACAGCGAUCGUUCUUAUAGAAAGGCUGUUUUUCAUUCAACCUAGUCAAACUGCCAUUAAUUUCACGAUUAUAUCGGCAGCUAUCUUUCUUGGGCGAUUUUAGAGCAACCAUGAUUUAUUUGCCGUGACUGAACAUGUCCUCUUUUAAAAUCAUGUCCACACAGGGUCAGCGCUUUGGUUGGAACCGAUCUGGUUGUGACAAUACAUUCAAACAGGAUAUGUACAGGCUAUGCGAGAAACAGUUCAGCCGUUUGAUUUCCUGGCCAACAAAGUACGAACGAUGUAAGUUUUUUGCGGAUUUGUAUUACAAGGCAGUACGUACAGCGGGUUCGUUGUACUGGUCAAAUCCAUCCGAAGACUGGUGCAAAAACGUUUGUACUGAGGCUCUUGGAGAUCCUUCCAAGCCUCUGGACGUUUAA